AUGAGACGCACGCGCAGUGCGAGCCGACACUGGGGCUGCGGCUUCUGCGGCGCCCGUGUUGGGGGAGGAGGAGGAGGGGGCGCCGCGGACUUGGCCGCCAGCCACGCCGACGCGCUGAGGCUGGGCGAGGAGCGCGAGAGGCAGAGCGGGCGCCUGCGGGAGGAGAACGCGCGGCUGAAGCUGGAGAACCGGCGCCUGCGCAGAGAGAACCGCAGCCUCUUCCGCCAGGUCCUGAAGCUGCAGCAGGAGCCGCCGCCGCCCUUGGCCCUCCCCGAGCGGGAGGCGACGCCUGCGGGCCAGUGUCCUUCGCCCCAGGAGGAGGAGAUGCUCAGGGACCGUCUGGCUGAGGAGGGACACGAGCUGGGGACGAAGGCGGAGGAGGCGCGCCGGGUGUAGCCUGAGCCAGCCGGAAAUCCGAAAAAAGCGCCCGCCGAUGAAAUCUCCCUUUGCAGCUGGCAGGAGGCGACGGGCGCUCGGGGGCACCCGCUUCGGCCAUGGCCCCAGGCCACCGGGAAAGCCGGCGGAGGUGUCGCCUCCCCCUCGCUGACAGCAGGCCGAGACGCACGGAGGGCCGGGCUCCUGCAUUCCCCUCUUCGUCGGCCGGCUGGAGACCUCGCGCUCCCCCCUCUCGCCAUGUGGUGCAGCUCGUGAAGCGGAGGAAGAGUAGGGUGUUGCUGUGAGGGGCCUAAGAAAAGCAUCUGGCCCUCUAAUACGCCAGACAAAAAAGGCUAGAAUACCCUGUGAAUCUUCUGCACAAAAGAAAACACCGCGACAAAUCUUGCAUGCGAGUCCUGGUGACGCCUGGUAGAUGUAUAGGCCUAUACAUGUUGCCUCCGUUUAACAAACCUGAUUGAUGUACCUGCAAAAUAAAUGUGCAAUG